AUGUAUUCAGGGUCUGGCGGUCCUGGGGAGCCCUGGGGGCGCCCGUCUCAAAAUAGCUACCAUGGUGGGUGGGACAAGCAAGAACUUUUAGGGGGUGUUAAUAUUGUGAGCCCCUCCAUCAGAGGCGCAGGUUGCAUAGAUGUGUAAAUAAACCAUCUAUCAUCAAGAUACCACAGUCUCAGCUGUCCCUCAUUCUGAGGAAACCAAACCCUCAGUAAGUGCCUGGAACCCCUUGAAUACCACACUACCGUGAGAUGGGGUAGUGUGUAAUAAAUGGGCAUACUUUAAAUGUGUGGUGUGUAAACAAACACAGCCCUAAAUUCUCACUUGCAGAGGGAGGGUGAAAUAUAAAGAUGAUGGGGGCAGUUGCUCCAGCUUGAACAAUAGGUUCCUAUUAAAAUGAUUCCUUUCUUUUGUUUCUGGUGAUAUUGGAGGUGAGGGAGGCGGCUGCAAAUUUCUUCACUGCAGGCCAUGCUCCAUCUUCAGUUGAGCAGAGGCAGCUGCAGAAUGAAACCCAGGAGGAAGAUGAUGAUGAUGAUUGGGAGGCGGCUGCAAAUUUCCUCACUGUAGGCCAGGCUCCAUCUUCAGUUGAGCAGAGGCAGCUGCAGAAUGAAACCCAGGAGGAAGAUGAAGAUGAUGAUGAUGAUUGGGAGGCGGCUGCAAAUUUCUUCACUGCAGGCCAUGCGCCAUCUUCAGUUGAGCAGAGGCAGUUGCAGAAUGAAACCCAGGAGGAAGAGGAUGAUGAUGAUUGGGAGGCGGCUGCAAAUUUCCUCACUGCAGGCCAGGCUCCAUCUUCAGUUGAGCAGAGGCACCUGCAGAAUGAAACCCAGGAGGAAGAUGAAGAUGAUGAUGAUGAUUGGGAGGCGGCUGCAAAUUUCUUCACUGCAGGCCAUGCGCCAUCUUCAGUUGAGCAGAGGCAGUUGCAGAAUGAAACCCAGGAGGAAGAGGAUGAUGAUGAUUGGGAGGCGGCUGCAAAUUUCCUCACUGCAGGCCAGGCUCCAUCUUCAGUUGAGCAGAGGCAGCUGCAGAAUGAAACCCAGGAGGAAGAGGAUGAUGGAGAGGGCAGGAUUUGGGGUAAGUUCAGACUCCCCCCUAUCCUGCUAUACGUGCCAAACCCACCUACCCCUUUGCCCAUCCUUCUCCUUUGCUGACCCAUAAAGUAUUUCUCGCCUUUAUUUCAGCAGGUGAUACGCAGGUAACUGAGAAAGAAGGAGAAUGUUAUGCGGUAUCAUCAACGGGACCUGAGCACAAAGAGAUGAACGGGAACGGUAUACAGGAAACUCAGCUGGAAGAGAGACCCUAUCAAUGCAGCCAAUGUGGAAAAAGCUUCAAACACAAGUCGAACCUUUAUCGACACCAAAGAGGUCACACAGGGGAGAGACCCUAUAUAUGUAAGCAGUGUGGGAAAAGCUUUAAGCGCAACUCGUCCCUUAUUGAGCAUGAAAGAAGUCACACGGGAGAGAAGCCCUAUAAAUGUGAGGUGUGUGAUAAAAGCUUCAGGUACAAGCGAAACCUUGCCCUACACCAAGUAACCCACACUAAAGAGAAGCCUUAUAAAUGCUCAGAAUGCGGGCAGAGCUUUGGCCUAAAGAGAAGCUUGAAAGUACACCAGAGAACCCACAUAGGGGAGAAGCCAUACAAAUGCUCAGAAUGUGGCAAGAGUUACACUACUCAAUCCAACCUGAAGAGCCAUCAAAGAAUCCACACAAAAGAAGAGCCAUAUAAAUGCUUGGAAUGUGAACAGAGCUUCAGAUUUUGCACACAGCUUACCAGACACCAGAGUACCCACACAGCAGAUUAACCAUUCAAGUGCUCAGAGUGUGGUAAGGAUUUUGAUUGUAAAUCGAAGCUUAAUAGUCACACAAGAAUACACACCAAAGAGAACCCUUAUAAAUGCUCAGAAUGUGGGCAGAGCUUUGAUCAUAGCACACAGCUUACCGAACAUGAGAGCAUCCACAAAGGAGAGAAUCCAUACAAGUGCUCAGACUGUGGUAAGGAGUAUAGUAGUAGAUCAAAGCUUGUUAAACACCAAAAAAUCCACACCAAAGAGAAGCCUCAUAAGUGCUCACAAUGUGAGCUGGCCUUCCAGUUCAGCACGCAGCUCAUAACACAUCAGAGAACACAUGUAGUGGAGAGAACGUACAAAUGCUCAAAAUGCGACAAGGACUUUACUUCUCCGUUUGAUCUCAUUAAACAUAACAGGAUGCACAUUGAAGAAGGACCUCACAAAUGCUCAGAAUGCGGAGAGAGCUUCAGGUGCAGCACCUCCCUUAUGGCACAUCAGAGAAUUCAUAGAGGAGAGGAGCCAGAUUUUGGCCUGAGCCAUGCUUCUGAACCAAGUCUUGUUGAGCAUAAUGUAACGCGCCCUGAAAAGAAAUGUUUUGUUUGUUCCAUUUGUUCCAAAACAUUUGGGUGCAGCAGAAGCCUUGGGUUACAUCAACUGAAGCAUAAAUAGGAGACAUCGCAGAGCUUCUCAGGCUGAAGCAAGACCCUUUUUAAAAUAUCCAAUUAAUCAGCACAAGACAAUUCCCACCAAAUAACCCACAAGUGUGGGGAAAGCUUUUAUGAUAGUGCACUCAUUUCACGUCAGUUUAACCGGCACAAGACAGCAAUGGAGAGGCAGAGAAAUGUUGCAAAUGCUUCUGUUUCUCCAUUCUUCUACUUCAGUGUACCAAUCACUGGUACUUCUUUUUAAAUGCAUGUUUUACUUGGCACUUGCUUCAAUAAGUAUUUUAAUGUGUUUGCUCUAUUCAUCAAUAAAUUUUGUAUGUUUUUUAAUCCUUUUGCUUCUCUCUUUAUUACUCUUGCCCCCUGUCAAGGAUGCAGUUUUAAACAUACUGCUGUGAUUAUGAAAUAAUUUGUUUAAUAAACAGCUUUCCUCAUUGCUCAUGGUUGUGGAACCUCUGGCUUGUAAUGCAGUCUGUCUUCCCCAAGCCAGUCCUUUUCUUUUUUUAAAAAAAGUUCAUAUGUGGACAAUAUAUAAAAAUUAAAUUUAAAUGUUAAAAAACAACAGGUAAAGGUAAAGGGACCCCUGACCAUUAGGUCCAGUCGUGACCAUCUCUGGGGAUGUGGCACUCAUCUUGCUUUAUUGGCCGAGGGAGCAGGCGUACAGCUUCUGCUUCAUGUGGCCAGCAUGACUAAGCCACUUCUGGUGAACCAGAGCAGCACACAGAAACGCCAUUUACCUUCCCACCAGAGCGGUACCUAUUUAUCUACUUGAACUUUGACGUGCUUUUGAACUGCUAGGUGGGCAGGAGCAGGGACUGAGCAACGGGAGCUCACCCCAUCGCGGGGAUUCGAACCACUGACCUUCUGAUCGGCAAGUCCUAGGCUCUGUGGUUUAACCCACAGCGCCACCCGUGUCCCUUUAAAAAACAAACAAACCAGGAAGGCUAUAAAUCAAAGUGCAAGAGGGGAAAGAGGGAGAUAAUCAAGAACUAAAGGCCAAUGGCCCAUCUAGUCCAGGAUCCUCUUCUCCCAGUGGCCAAACAGGGGUACAAGAGCCCUCUCCUCUUCUGUGGUCUCCCCACACUCGUAUUAAGAAAAAAAUACUACCUCUAAGUGUGGAAGCAGGGGAUAGCCAUCAUGGCUAGUAGUCAUUGAUAGACUUCUCCUCCAUGAAUAUGUCCAAGAAUAUUUUCAAGCCAUCCAAGUUGGUGGCCAUUUAGUUCCCAUUUGCUAAUGUGGUGGCCAUUUAGUUCCCAUUUGCUAAUGUGCUGCCAGGUGGUAUGAGUGGGGCCAGGGGUUGAGUUCCCUGUCCCUCUAAUGCUUGAGAAGGAGAUGUGCAGGCCACAAUAGAUUAGAUAAGGUUGCCUCUUCCAUAUGGUCUGUCUAGUCUUCAGUCUAGUCUUCAGCAAGAGACUCCACAUGUGAUGCCUUCAGGGUCUGGAGGUCCUGGAGAGCGCUGGGGGUGCCAGUCUCAAAAUAGCUGCUAUGGCGGGUGGAAGGAGCAAGACCCUUUAGGGGGCAUUAAUGCUGUGAGCCCCUCCAUCAGAGGCUCAGGUUGCAUAGAUGUGUAAAUAAACUAUCGAUCAUUAAGAUACCACACUCUCAGCUGUCCCUCAUUUUGCGGAAACCAAACCCUCUGUAAGCUCCUGGAAACCUGGAAUACCACACCAUUUGGAGAUUGGGUGUGUGUGCAAUAAAUGGGUAUACUUUAAAUGUGUCGUAUGUAAACAAGCACAUCCCUGAUUUCUCACUUGUGGAAUGUGAGUGAAAGAUAGAGAUGAUGAGGGCAGUUGCUCCAGCUUGAACAAUAGGCUCCUAUUGAAAUUAUUCCUUUCUUCUGUUUUGGGGGCUGCAGAAUGAAACCCAGGAGGAAGAUGAUGGUGAUGGGGAGGCGGCUGCAAAUUUCUUCACUGCAGGCCAUGCUCCAUCUUCAGUUGAGCAGAGGCACCUGCAGAAUGAAACCCAGGAGGAAGAUGAUGGUGAUGGGGAGGCGGCUGCAAAUUUCUUCACUGCAGGCCAGGCUCCAUCUUCAGUUGAGCAGAGGCACCUGCAGAAUGAAACCCAGGAGGAAGAUGAUGGUGAUGGGGAGGCGGCUGCAAAUUUCUUCACUGCAGGCCAGCCUCCAUCUUCAGUUGAGCAGAGGCACCUGCAGAAUGAAACCCAGGAGGAAGAUUAUGGUGAUGGGGAGGCGGUUGCAAAUUUCUUCACUGCAGGCCAGGCUCCAUCUUCAGUUGAGCAGAGGCAGCUGCAGAAUGAAACCCAGGAGGAAGAGGAUGAUGGGGAGGGCAGGAUUUGGGGUAAGUUCAGACUCCCCCUAUCCUGCUAUAUGUGCCAAACCCACUCACCCCUUUGCCCUUUCCUCACACCUGACUAAAGGCCUCCUUUUAUUUCUCACCCCCUUGCAUAUGCUGCCCCAGCUCACCUGGGCUGGCCAGCUGUUCCACAUGCUUUGGUUGGCAUGGCCACCUACUGGUCACCACAUGAACUGCAGAGCGUGAUAAUACCUUACAUUCUUAUUUAUCUAGGAAGGGAAGCAAACCUGGAAUUGUGCCAAUGCAUUCACAAUAAGUGAUUUUGUUUCAUAAGAAAAUGAAUCCCUGUCCCAGGUUAUACAAUAAUAAUAAUAAUAAUAAUUUAUUAUUUGUACCCCGCCCAUCUGGCUGGGUUUCCCCAGCCACUCUGGGCGGCUUCCAUAGAAACAAAAAAUACAGUAAAAUAUCACAGAUUAAAAGCUUCCCUGAACAGGGCUGCCUUAAGAUGCCUUCUAAAUGUCAGGUAGUUAUUUAUCGCUUUGACAUCUGAUGGGAGGGCGUUCCACAGGGCGGGCGCCACUACCGAGAAGGACCUCUGCCUGGUUCCCUGUAGCUUUGCUUCUCGCAAUGAGGGAACCGCCAGAAGGCCCUCGGCGCUGGACCUCAGCGUCCGGGCAGAACGAUGGGGGUGGAGACGCUCCUUCAGGUAUACUGGGCCGAGGCCGUUUAGGGCUUUAAAGGUCAACACCAACACUUUGAAUUGUGCUCGGAAACGUACUGGGAGCCAAUGUAGGUCUUUCAAUUAGGACUUGUGUCCUAAUUGUUCUGCCAGAGCAUGUUGUUUAGUCGUUUAGUCGUGUCCGACUCUUCGUGACCCCAUGGACCAGAGCACGCCAGGCACUUCUGUCCUCCACUGCCUCCCGCAGUUUGAUCAAACUCAUGCUGGUAGCUUCAAGAACACCAUCCAACCAUCUCAUUCUCUGUCGUCCCCUUCUCCUUGUGCCCUCCAUCUUUCCCAACAUCAGGGUCUUUUCCAGGGAGUCUUCUCUUCUCAUGAGGUGGCCAAAGUAUUGGAGCCUCAGCUUCACAACCUGUCCUUCCAGUGAGCACUCAGGGCUGAUUUCCUUCAGAAUGGAGAGGUUUGAUCUUCUUGCAGUCAAUGGGACUCUCAAGAGUCUCCUCCAGCACCAUAAUUCAAAAGCAUCAAUUCUUCGGCGAUCAGCCUUCUUUAUGGUCCAGCUCUCACUUCCAUACAUCACUACUGGGAAAACCAUGGCUUUUACUAUACGGACCUUUGUUGGCAAGGUGAUGUCUCUGCUUUUAAGAUGUUGUCUAGGUUUGCCAUCGCCUUUCUCCCAAGGAGCAGGCGUCUUUUAAUUUCGUGACUGCUGUCACCAUCUGCAGUGAUCAUGGAGCCCAAGAAAGUAAAAUCUCUCACUGCCUCCAUUUCUUCCCCUUCUAUUUGCCAGGAGGUGAUGGGCCCAGUUGCCAUGAUCUUCGUUUUUUUGAUGUUGAGCUUCAGACCAUAUUUUGCGCUCUCCUCUUUCACCCUCAUUAAAAGGUUCUUUAAUUCCUCUUCACUUUCUGCCAUCAAGGUUGUGUCAUCUGCAUAUCUGAGGUUGUUGAUAUUUCUUCCGGCAAUCUUAAUUCCGGCUUGGGAUUCAUCCAGCCCAGCCUUUCUCAUGAUGAAUUCUGCAUAUAAGUUAAAUAAGCAGGGAGACAAUAUGCAGCCUUGCCGUACAUUUCCCAAUUUUGAACCAAUCAGUUGUUCCAUAUCCAGUUCUAACUGUAGCUUCUUGUCCCACAUAGAGAUUUCUCAGGAGACAGAUGAGGUGAUCAGGCACUCCCAUUUCUUUAAGAACUUGUCAUAGUUUGCUGUGGUCUACACAGUCAAAGGCUUUUGCAUAGUCAAUGAAGCAGAAGUAGAUGUCUUUCUGGAACUCUCUAGCUUUCUCCAUAAUCCAGCGCAUGUUUGCAAUUUGGUCUCUGGUUCCUCUGCCUCUUCUAAAUCCAGCUUGCACUUCUGGGAGUUCUCGGUCCACAUACUGCUUGAGCCUUCCUUGUAGAAUUUUAAGCAUAACCUUGCUAGCAUGUGAAAUGAGUGAAAUUGUGCGGUAGUUGGAGCAUUCUUUGGCACUGCCUUUCUUUGGGAUUGGGAUGUAGACUGAUCUUCUCCAAUCCUCUGGCCACUGCUGAGUUUUCCAAACUUGCUGGCAUAUUGAGUGUAGCACCUUAACAGCAUCAUCUUUUAAAAUUUUAAACAGUUCAGCUGGAAUACCAUCACUUCCACUGGCCUUGUUAUUAGCAAUGCUUUCUAAGGCCCAUUUGACUUCACUCUCCAGGAUGUCUGGCUCAAGGUCAGCAACCACACUACCUGGGGUGUACGAGACAUCCAUAUCUUUCUGGUAUAAUUCCUCUGUGUAUUCUUGCCACCUCUUCUUGAUGUCUUCUGCUUCAGUUAGGUCUUUACCACUUUUGUCCUUUAUUAUGGUAAUCUUUGUACGAAAUGUUCCUUUCAUAUUUCCGAUUUUCUUGAACAGAUCUCUGGUUCUUCCCAUUCUGUUGUUUUCCUCUAUUUCUUUGCAUUACUCGUUUAAGAAGGCCUUCUUGUCUCUCCUUGCUAUUCUUUGGAAAUCUGCAUUCAAUUUCCUGUAUCUUUCACUAUCUCCCUCGCAUUUUGCUUGCCUUCUCUCCCCUGCUAUUUGUAAGGCCUCAUUGGACAGCCACUUUGCUUUCUUGCAUUUCUUUUUCAUUGGGAUGGUUUUAGUUGCUGCCUCCUGUAUAAUGUUGUGAGCCUCCACCCAUAGUUCUUCAGGCACUCUGUCCAGCAAAUCUAAAUCCUUAAACCUGUUCCUCACUUCCACUGUGUAUUCAUAAGGGAUUUGGUUUAGAUUGUAUCUUACCUGUCCAGUGGUUUUUCCUACUUUCUUCAGUUUAAGCUUGAAUUUUGCUAUAAGAAGCUGAUGAUCUGAGCCACAGUCAGCUCUAGGUCUUGUUUUUGCUGACUGUAUAGAGCUUCUCCAUCUUUGGCUGCAGAGAAUAUAAUCAAUCUGAUUUCGAUGUUGCCCAUCUGGUGAUGUCCAUGUGUAGAGUCGUCUCUUGUGUUGUUGGAAAAGCGUGUUUGUGAUGACCAGCUUGUUCUCUUGACAGAACUCUAUUAGCCUUUGCCCUGCUCCGUUUUGAUCUCCAAGGCCAAACUUGCCAGUUGUUCCUUUUAUCUCUUGACUCCCUACUUUAGCAUUCCAAUCCCCUAUAAUGAGAAGAACAUCCUUCUUUGGUGUCACUUCUAUAAGGUCUUGUAAGUCUUCAUAAAAUUGGUCAAUUUCAGUUUCUUCAGCACCAGUAGUUGGUGCAUAAACUUGGAUUACUGUGGUGUUAAAAGGUCUGCCUUGGAUUCGUAUCGAGAUAAUUCUAUCAUUUUUGAGACUGCAUCCCAGUACAGCUUUCGCCACUCUUUUGUUGACUAUGAGGGCCACUCCAUUUGUUUUACGGGUUUCUUGCCCACAGUAGUAGAUAUGAUAGUCAUCCGAACUGAAUUCGCCCAUUCCCGUCCAUUUUAGCUCACUGAUGCCCAGGAUGUCAAUAUUUAUUCUUGCCAUCUCAUUUUUGAUCACAUCCAUCUUACCCAGGUUCAUGGUUCUUACAUUCCAGGUUCCUAUGCAAUAUUUUUCUUUACAGCAUUGGACUUUCCUUUCGUUUCCAGGCAUAUCCGCAACUGAGCGUCCUUUCGGCUUUGGCCCAGCCACUUCAUCAGCUCUGGAUCUACUUGUACUUGUCCUCCGCUCUUCCCCAGUAGCAUGUUGGACACCUUCCGACCUGAGGGGCUCAUCUUCCAGCGUCAUAACUUUUAUAUGCCUGUCUUUGUCCAUGGAGUUUUCUUGGCAGGGAUACUGGAGUGGCUUGCCGGUUCCUGCUCCAGGUGGAUCACGUUUGGUCAAAACUCUCCACUAUGACCUGUUCAUCUUGGGUGCUCUGCUCGGCAUAGUUCAUAGCUUCUCUGAGUUCUUCAAGCCCCUUCGCCACGGCAAGGCAGUGAUCCAUGAAGGGGUCUGCCAGAGCAUGCAAACCAACAAACAUCAAAUUUCAGCAGUAUACUGUUAUUUAAUUCCAGUAAACUAAUUCUGAAGCCAUUAAUAUUCCCUUCACUCUCUUAAACUCCUGCUUUAGGGGAAAAGAAAAAUCUGCUGGUCAAGGUGUCUUUCAGCAGCAUAUUCUAACAGACAAAGGGGAAAUAAAUAAGUCGCACUAUGGGAGACAAACAAUUUUAAUGAAAUUCAAUGACACCACAACACAUUUAGGGAGAGCCAAAUGACGGCUUGCUUCUCCUUUGCUGACCCAUAAAGUAUUUCUUGCCUUUAUUUCAGCAGGUGAUACGCAGGUAACUGAGAAAGAAGGAGAAUGUUGUGCGAUAUCUUCAAUGGGGCCUGAGCACAAAGAGAUGAACGGGAAGGGUAUACAGGAAACUCAGGUGGAAGAGAGACCCUACCCUACGUCCCUUGUUCUGCAUGAAAGAAGUCACACGGGAGAGAAGCCCUAUAAAUGUGAGGUGUGUGAUAAAAGCUUCAGGUACAAGCCAAAACUUGCCCUACACUAA